CUGUCUAAAAUGGAAAUGCUGUGACGAUUUUUGAAAAAUACAUUGUGAACCUUAACUCAUCAGUAUUGGUUUCCUCGAUUCUUUACUUACCAAGACUUAAUAAUUCCAAGUUUCUCACUCAAAAACACUAAAGUUGAACUAUGAGAUUAUUUGAUGCCCAUGCAGGAUAUGUGUGCCUUCUUUUCUUUUUUCUAUUUCGAACUGUUAAACUACAUUUUUAUACAGCUGUGUCUGAUUUAGAAGAAUUGAUAGUAACUGAAGAAAAUGUUCUAAAUUCAUUAGAUUUGUAUCUUGAAACUGAAGAAGAAAGAUUACAGCAAUUAAAAAGGAAAAGAGAACAGUUUGGACGAGUACAUGAAUUGGCCAAAAGAAAUGUAGAACAGUUCUUAUGGAAUCCUGUGAAUGCAUACCUAUUAAUAAAAAGGCUAACGACCGAUUUGUAUGAAACAUACCAGUUAGUUGAGUCAUCCUAUACCAAAGAUCUAUUUAGAAAAGAAGCGAGUCAGGUAAUGAUUUAUCCUGAAGAGAGCGAUUUAAUCGGAGCAGCUGACGCCUUAAUAAGACUGCAGGAGUUUUAUUCUCUGAAUACUCUAGAUAUGGCUAGAGGUCAGAUUGCAGGAGCCACACUGUCUGCUGAACUCACGGUUGCAGACUGUUUCAUUCUUGGACGACGGGCAUACGAAAUUAAAAAGUGGCAGCAGGCACUUUUCUGGCUACAGGAAUCUUUGAAUAUUUUGGAAAACGAAGGAAAUGCCAGUGCUUCGCACAAAAUUGAAAUAUUGGGGCAUAUGGCAAAUGUGCAUAAUUCCAUAAAAAAUUAUACCGCUGCUGCUGAGGUAUCAGAAGACAUAUUAAAAUUAGACCCGAAUCACGUUCAAGCCAAAGCCAAUCUGAAAUUUUAUCGUACACUGGAAGCAAGUAUGGAAGCACCAAUCGAUGAAACCUGGGAAGAUUCUAUCCAUGACGAGCAAGCUACAAAGGCCAUGAAUGCGUAUAGCACAUUAUGCCGGGGGGAAAAAAUAAAGACCUCUAACGAAAAACCACAACUGCAUUGCUACUUUGCAUCCAAAAAUAGCGGCUACUUUUUAUUACAACCAUCCAAAGUUGAAGUUCUGAACUUCGAACCAUUGCUUGUGAUGUAUCACGAUGUCUUGAGAGAUGGAGAAGCGGAAAUUUUAAAAGCAUUAGCUUAUCCAAAGUUUGCAGAAUCACCGAUUCCGAUAAGAAGCUCUGAAAAAAUACAGUGUAGUCGUAUUAGCAAGAGCGCUUUUUUUCAAGACUCAGAACACUCUGUUGUAAAAACCAUUAGUAGGAAACUCCAAGAUAUCAUAGGAACAAACAGCCACCCUGAUUUACCUCUAGAAGUAGUAAACUUUGGAACAGGAGGUCAUUACGAACCCCAUCUAGAUUUUGAACCAAUGAGUGAGCAGCAGGUAGAUUCUCAAAUGGGAUAUCCUCUUGCUACUUGGAUGGUGUAUUUGAGUGACGUAAUAUCAGGCGGAUCAACCGUGUUUACAGAAAUUGGUGUUGAAAUCAAACCAAAAAAAAUAAUUUAA